GAAAAACAAAACAAACCCGAGAGAGCUGUAACAGCGUGUGGACUCCAUUGAAAAGGGGGCUUUAUUAUCUACGAUAGGAGAACAAACACAAGGUCCUACAUUGAGAUACGUAUGCGUGGGCGUCCUAAAAGCCUGAAGCGUACAGCAGAACCAAACCAGACGUCAACGGACCACAACCGACCAGAUCACAGCAAGUUGAAUCCAGUAACUGACCCCUCCCCCCUCUCCACUUCCUCCCCCUGCCUUGAAGGCUUCAUCUACCAUCACACUGCUAGAGUCUUUUUAAGCAGUAAGUUUUGUGCUGAACAGAAAGCCUUACACCACUGGGACCGGACCGGAGGCCCAGAGGUUCCCCCCCCGGAGCUCUAAGCUGUGUCUGGCAAUGCCUCAGCCCAGCGUCAGUGGUAUGGAACCUCCCUUUGCGGAUGCAUUUCAGAACUACUCCUUUGCUGACCAGGCCCUGACCAGCACUGAGCUGCUCGCCACCAGCUCUGACCCAGAUUUCAUGUAUGAACUGGACAGAGACAUGACCCACCGACAGAGUCCCUGCAGAGACAGCAUGGUGGGGGUCGCGGAUGGAGGGAAGGAGAUGGAGGGCUGUGUGGAUCAGCUCAUGGGUCUGGGCGAGUGUGAGAGAGAAGUCAGCAGCAACUCAGCGUUCGAACAGUGGGACUCCUACUGGGAAGACCUCACCAGAUACACAAGGCUGGCCAGCUGUGACAUCUGGGGCACCAAAGAGGUGGACUUCCUUGGAUUGGAUGACUUCUCCAGCCCCUACCAAGAUGAGGAGGUGAUUGGGCAAACCCCAACGCUUGCUCAGCUCAACAGCGAGGAUUCGCAGUCUCUGUGUGAGGCGCUCUACCCCCCUGCUGAACUUACCAUGACAACCCCUAAGACUCAGCCGUCACAGUUCCCCUGUCACAGUAAGAGACCCCUGGUCCCCGGCCAAGGAUCUGGCCCUGGCUCUUCACGGCCCUCUCUGAGCGCCACGUUCUCUUCCCGUCCUUCCCGAAGCCUUCUCGCAGACUUCCCUGAAAGCUCCCAAAAAGCCACCAGACCCAUCCCCUCCAGCACAGAGACUAUGGCCAAAACGCAGACCUUCCUCAGUCUCACCCAGGACCACGGCCAAACUCAAACUAAGACCCAGGGUCGAGGAACCAAGAUGGCUGCCCCAACUUCUCCCAACUCUGACUUUGUGCGCAAGGCUAAAGUUCGUGUCAGCGCUUUGCUUAAAACUCAGCCUGACAAGCCCUCCCACACGGACCUUGAGAGGUCUGAUCCUCCUCUUCCUCUCCCCCAUCCCCCAGAUGAGAAGGCCUCCACAUCAGCAAGCGUGACCAUGGUGGAACUUCCCGCUGCUGCGGCAAGCGGCUCCGGCAAGCUGAUGAGCUUUGAGAGGAGGCCAGAGGGGGCAGUGAAGCGAGAGAUGUCUGUUGGCUGGUCUGUCUCCACGCCACAGCUGGCGGAGGAGAGCCAGGUGCUGGAGGGCAGCACCUCUGGGCUCAUUAGCGGCGGCGAAAGUGUGGCAGGAGCUAGCAGCGGCAUUCUGGUGGCUGAGGGAACAGAGAAGAGCAAAGAGGAGGAACACAACUACUCCCUGUUCCUAACUCGCAGCAGAAUGGCCGGCAAAGCUCUCUCCCAGCUUGAGGAGGAUGAGGAGGACGAAGAAGAAGAGUUAGAGGAGGAGGAGGAGGAGGAAGAAGGGGACGGUCUGGAGCUAGAUGAUGAAGACCACGAUGAGGGUUUUGGCAGUGAGCAUGAGCUGUCUGAGAAUGAGGAAGAAGAGGAUGAAGAGGAGGAUGAAGACUAUGAAGCAGACAAGGACGACGACAUGAGUGACGCCUUCUCUGAGCCAGGCUGCGACAUGGAGGUGAUGGAGGACAUUAAAGGUCUGACAGCAGGAGUUUCCAGUCGAAAGCGGGGCAAACGCCGCUACUUCUGGGAGUACAGUGAGCAACUCACCCCCUCCAAACAGGAACGUAUGCUCAAGCCGUCUGAGUGGGACAGACACACGCUGCCUAGCAACCUGUACCAGAAGAAUGGGCCUCUCCAUGGAAAGUACCUGCUGAAGAAGUCUCGCCGCACAGACGUUGAAGACCUGACUCCCAAUCCUCGCAAGCUGCUGCAGAUCGGCACUGAGCUCCGCAAACUGAACAAGGUGAUCAGUGACCUGACCCCCGUCAGUGAGCUGCCCCUGACUGCUCGACCACGGUCCCGCAAGGAGAAGAACAAGCUGGCAUCAAGAGCUUGCCGUUUAAAGAAGAAGGCGCAGUAUGAAGCAAACAAGGUGAAGCUCUGGGGACUCAGCACAGAGUAUGAUCGCCUGCUGUAUGUGAUCAACACCAUCAAAGAAGAAAUCGUAGCUCGAGUGGAGGACUCUUCUCCUCGUCCCACCAACAUGACUGACACUUUGGAGCAUCUCAUUCAGGAGACACUUGUGGCAUCACCUGUUGCUGGGCAGACUUCAGACUUCGUCAACAAGAUCUUGGAGAACACGGGGCGUGGUGAUCCCACCGGCGGACUGGUCGGCCUGCGAGUCCCCACCUCCAAAAUCUAGAUAAAGAGAGGUCCACUGAGAGGAGUGGACUAAUUAUUAUCACCGUGCUGUUCCGUUGUAACUAUGCUCCCCUCUGCAUGCCCCUCAAACCCUGAGUUCAUACACAUUGUUAGCCACACAAACACACAUACCACUCCCUGUGUGUGUAUAUACGUGUGCUUGUUUUAGCCAUGCACAUGUAUGGCAGACACCCUCGCUUUCUGCCUCUGCACACUGCGUGCAGAGUCAGUGCGUCACCUUCUCCCAACCCAUCGCGAGCAUCUACUGGGUAAAGGGCCUUUUUAAAGAAAAGGAUGGUUAGGUGUUUAGCUAACAGCCCGUUCCAAAUCCACCGGGGAUCAUUAGAUGUGUUUAGCAAAGCAUUGUGUACGGUCUGCUUCCAGGGCUGAGACUGAAACAGUACAAGUGUAACCACUGGAAAACUUUCACGCAAUUUGUUUGAGAAUGACAGAGGAAGAGUUACCGAACGUCAGACACCAUCAAAUGAAAGAGAAGUUCCAGUUUUCAUUUCUCAGAGGAGGUUCAUCUUACAUGGCAACACAAAACAACAUUAGGAUGUCCAGUUAACACACUGAGUUCAGUACUUUAAUACAAAAAAAAAAGAAAAGAAAACUGCUUUGGUUGCAUAGACUGCUGCAGAAAGAAAAAGCAGCGUGCUCCGAGGCGUCAUGGGUUGGCAGGAUAUAUUUUGUAAUGAAGGCCUAAAUAUGUCCAUGCCAUCCCCUGUUUUAUAACCAGGUUUGCUGUUGUCAUUAUGUACAUGGUGCAAAUUUAGAAUCAAAAAAAAAAAAAAAAGCUGAAAGAUAAAUUUUAGACCUUUCACAGUUCAGCGUCAGAUUCCUGCUGGGUUGAAGUUUUCUUAGCGUUCAGGAUGAAGCUUAAUGCUUUUAUUUUGAAGACGUUAACUGAAACAACAGCAGGAAGUUGUGCGUGUGGUUUGGUGCUUUUUUGGUCUUGUGCUAGUUUUAACUGGACUGGUUGAAACGGGCAAAUUAGCCGUUGUGGGAACAGAAGUUGAAUAAGAUGAUCAUUGUAGACGAUGAUGACAUAAACAGUGAUCCAUCUCCUUUUGGAAACUGUACAUAUAAAAAGUGUCUCCGAGUGAAAAAUCGGCACUGGCUUUCCUUUUUGUACAGCAGAGAUGACCAGGCUAAUAGUGUGGUGUGUUCAUACUAUAGUGUUUGAUCAGAGUUAUAUUCAUUGUGCCUUGUGUAUGUAUGUGUGUGUGUUUCUGUAAGUGUGUGUGUAUGAGAGAGAGAGAGAGAGAGAGUGUGUGUGUGUGUUUAAGAGGGAUUGGUCUGAACUCCCUGAGGUCCAGCCAAGGAGAGGACUACUUUACACUGAGGGAGAUUGUUAGUGAAUGUGAGGAGAGAGACACACCUGUGGGGUUUGUCACGUAUAUCAGUUGUCUGAAGAUAUUCUGAAUGUAUAUAAAAAGAAAUGGAAGCUCUUGUUGCAUGAUGCCACAGAGUCUGUGUAAAUAGGAGGGCUCUGCAAUAGAUUAUUUGGUUUUUGGUACUCUGUCUUUAGGGAUCGGGGGAGGGGUAAACUGAUAUUUUCGUUAAGAGUUACAAAAAAAUAUUUGCACACUAUAUUUUGAUUGUUUUAUGUACCAAAGACACAUGCAACGAAAUGGCAAACAGCCAGUUAAAGUAAGGUUUUGCACAGCUUACCUGACGCCGUAUUGAAUGUAAGAAAUGUGGGAGGGUCAGGGAACUUCAUUGAACUGUGAAAUUAGCUUGGGUCCAAUUCUGUACAGAAAAGGAACAUUCAUUCAUUUUUUUUCUAAAAUGAUGAAGUAACUCCCAUCUACAGGCUUUUGCAGUAGAUUUGUUGCUUAGCUAGCACUUCAUUCCUGAACUGAUUCCUCCCUCCACAUGCUAAUUGUGUUUUUUGCGCUUUCUAGGACAAAGAAACUAAGAGCGCUGGUAGAUAAGCUAUGUUACAUAUUUUUCUCGUUUGUCGAAAUGUCAUCAACAAUAACCAAAAUGUUUUGUUGUGUCACUUGUUUGAUUUUUCUGUGUGUAGACGAGGUCUAGGUCAUUGACAAAAUAUUAACUGAAUUGUGUUUCAAGUACUGUAUAUAAAAAACAUUAUUGAUAUUUAUCUAUCAACAGUGAAAUGCCACUUUUCAUCACAAUUGAUUCAUUUUUAAGCAUGACACAUUUCUAAAGCCUACCCUUGCAUCAAGAACGUUAGAGGAAAAAACACAAAAGCCAAAAAAAAAAGAAAUUAAAAAAAAGAGUUCUUGUUAUAUUUUUGUACUUUAGCUGCCCGUGAGUUUUCCUGUUGGGUUUUCAGUUGGAUUUCCUUUGAGUAAAGAGAAGGAGAGGUGGAGGAAAAUAGAAGAGAAGUCCUACAGAGCAGCCCGUCGGUCUGAUAGUUUGACCCCUUUAGUCUCGUUUGCUGGCUGAGUGACCUGCAGAUAAACUGGAAUAGAUUUAUCUAAACCCAAUGCAGUGAAGUCCUGGUCUAGUCUGAGUGGUCUAUAAAGAGAAUGAGGACAGGCUGUCUUUAGUGAGGACAGGGACAUGUCCAGUAUGAUGGAGAUGUGAGGGCCGAUGAGGAGGAGGUGUUACUGAAGGUGCUGCAAGAAAGCCAAAGCAAUUAUAACGUUUGCCCAAUACUGUGUAUUUCUACUUUUUCAUUUUAACACGUAUUCCCUUCUUAACCUUGGAAACGGUGGAAAACUGCAUUUCCUGGGAUUGAUGUGUCCAACUUUGAGGUUGCAUUGCUGAUUUUUUUCUUGCUUGGCCAUACCUCGGGUCCUCAGCUUGCAUCUUUCCGAUAACUUCAAAACACAGAGUUACAAUGUCCAGGCCACAAACUAGCAGCCAGUUUAACCCUUACUAAAGCAAAUGCAUGAUAUGUGUAUGCUUGCCUCCCUGCUGUGCCCUCAGAGGAAACGCUGCCAAUCUCAGGAAUUCUUGAAUUCAUCUACAACUCACUCAGUUAGCAGGCAAAUACAAACAAUAAGUGUUUGACAGGCUGAAUUCAGGUUAGUUUGAGGUGAGAAAGUCCUCCUUCAUUGAAUGAACUCAGAUGUCUGAAGAUAGUGAUGCAGAGCUGUGGUCUCUAUUGUGUGAUUGAAUAACAGGCACUGCUAAACACACACAUAUAUAAAUAUAUUUUUACUUUUUCUGUUCCGUCUAAAAAGGGAGAAAUGGUGCUUUUUCUGAAAAAAGAAUGAUGAGUAUCCAUGAUUCUUAUUUUAGUCUAGUUGUAGCCUAAUGACUUGCUCUCCCGUAUUCAUAGCUAUUUUCUUAGUAGUGAUUCAUUUUUGUAAAUAGACUAUAUAAGUUAAUAUCUAUCUUCUAAAUGUUAGAUAUAUGUAUAGAAUACUCUUAUCUUAUAUGUUUGAAAACGAAAGCACUUUGUCCAAAAAAGGAAAAAAAAAUCAAACAAAAAGAAAAGCAUUUUUUCUUCCAUUUGCUGCUAAAAGGCCUGGUGUGAAUGCUGCAAGUGUACUUGACGACUACUUGCUAGGAUAGGUCUAGAACCUGACUCAGCUAGGUCUAUAAACAAGCAAGGAAUUGAUGUGUGGCCUGGCCAGGGUUAGAGCUACAUGUUCCUGGAGCCAUGUGAUGAUAUCUGGUGUUGAACAAGAGCAUAUCAUUGUUUGGCUUCGGGAAGCUCAGUGUCUUGGCAGGAUAGGUCUAUUUCCUGGUCAGGGGAUAGUGUGUUUGUGGUCUUAAAAAAAAAAAAGAGGGUUUUGAUUCCAGGGCCCCUACAUUGAUCUUGAUGCUGACCCCCUUGGCGUCAUGAUUCAUUUGCCUUCAGUAGAGGUUUCCUAUGGAAAAACUGAUUCUGCUUUGGCUUACUCUUCAGGGUGAUGUACAGUGUAGACACAUUUCUCCAGAGAGCUAUAUUGUUAUCAUUUGUAAACUGAUUUCUACUUGUGACUUAAUGAGGAGGGGUUUAGCCUGGGGCGGCCAGGAAGAACCAAUUUGAAAGAUGUUGUUCCAGGCCGCCUUAGGGGAGAGUUACUAUAUCACUGUACUGUAUGGCAAGCCAAUUACAAAUGGAGACUCAAUCCGGACACUUAUUGCCUUCUUAAAUAAUUUUUCAUGACACACAAACAAUAAUAGUAACAUGUCAGACCUGUCAGGUCUCGAGGGAUGUCCCCUGAGGUGUAGACAUCGUUCUGCCAGUAUACUGUCAACAGCAACAAAAACCAUUCAGCCUGAUUGGCUCAAAACAACCAUGACUGAAGAGCAGACGUGGUGAAAUGUACCUUAGAAAUUGUUUCAAAUUUUGAAAGACUUGUUCUCAGUUUGAUUAAUAUUUGAAGCAUUUUUUCAGCUAAGAUUUUGCUCAAGAUUGAUAGGGCGUCAACAUUGGCCAAAGGGCCGCUAGUUGACCGACAGUGGAGCGUCUCAAGAAAAGGAGUGUGUGUUUUGUUGUCGAUCACGAGGCUGGUUCAAGAUAGAGUCCUCACAGGUUUUUACAUUUAAAAUGAUAGGCGCAAGCUGUGCAACUUUACAUUCGAACCAUGAGACUCUGUGGCAUUUUAACAGUGGAAGAGUGAAUGAAAAAAAAUCCACGCCAGUAAAACUAUUCCUUCUUUUAUUUCUGAUGACAUAAAUCCUAUACAGUCAACUAUUAAGCUAAUAGAGUGUGUAACUUUGUGCUACUCUUGUCCAAUAAAAGCUAAGUGGAUCCAUACAGCUCUUUCAGCAAAUCAGGGUUAUAUCGUUCUUCUAUCUGACGUAUGUGAUGACAUAAAAUCAAGAGAAAAAUAUAUUUAUGUAUUCCAGUUAUUGUCGCCAUUCUUUACUCUGUACAAAAUAUUUUAUGUGCGUGUGUGUAUUAUGAAUGUCAAUCAAUAUAGUGCAAUGCUCUCAACAGGAACUUAAAAAUGGCAGACAUGUCACAAGAAUUCACAAAGUUUCAAUGUUCAAACACAACCUUAAAAAAAUGUACACUCAUAAAAAAAUGUGAGUCCAAUUUGUAAAUCAACUGGUUUAUGUCAUGGUGCUGAUUUGUUCAAAUGUUUGGAAAAAGUCUAAGAAUUUAAAUGGCAUCGAUAUUCAGGUCAUGAGUAACUAUGAUCAUGUGAUCCCUGUUGGACCAAUCAGAGGGUUAUUCACACUUAGUAUUUCUCUCAUCAACAACGACAGUGUGGUGAUUUCUGUAUUACUGACCUGUUUUGAUCAUUAAUGUUCAGCAUUACUUAAUUGUUUUUGUAAAAAGCCAGACACCUGGAUUUGAUGUUCCUGCCAAAAGUCAGAGAGGAACAGUACAUUCCUAAGAACUGCAACACAAAUCCACUUUUUCGUGUGUUUUAGGACAUCGUUAUUAUUUAUAGAUUUAGAUAACGAGGAGAACGCCCCAAUGAUGUAACAAUUUGAUGAGCUCUCUACAGGUAAUACUUGGUAACGUUUGUCUCAUGUUUCUGUCAUUUUCUUAAAAUAACUACAUGAUUUGUGAAAAUAGAGAUUGUGUCAACAAAUCUGCUUUAAAUGUGGCACACUUGGGACAAGGGCCGUGUUCAGCCACUGUCCCAAUGGUAAGAGGCAUUGAGCUCUGUGAUUGCCCUUUUCACAAAACUGUAUAUUCUACUUGAGUAAAGUUCUGAACAUUUGAAAAAAACAUCAUAGGACAUUUUUGGGAAUGUAAGAAAAUUUGGUAGAACAAUGGUAUGAGUGCUUUGUUUUUGUUGUAAGGCCUCAAAUUCAUUAGACAUAUAGGCCAACUGUUUCACCCAGAGAAUUGUAUAAACCGGCUGUACACUGGUUUCAGUUCAUAAUCUGAGUGCAUUUAACAGCAAAAGCAGAAGACUCUGCCAAGUUGGAGCAAACCUCAACUUUUAAAAGAUAAUUUUGGAAAUGACAGAAAUGUAAGAAAAACGUUACCAAAUAUUAUUAUGUAAAUAAAUUGGGUUUUAAAAAACGGAAUAACCUCUUGCUGGGUGUGAUGUCAGAUCUCAGAGUCUGGCUUUACGUCUCUUUUGAGGCAUUUCUAUUGUUUCCUGUCUUGUUUGAAUCCAUGUGGGCUGUCCCUGUUGCUUGUCAAAACGCCUCAUCCUCAGAGGCUGUAUGCUUACUACUCUCUACAUGUUCCCGUGUCCAAACGACACUUCAGAAAUGUACUCUGUGAUAAAGAUACAGAGCGAACACCUGCAUGCUGAUUCCCUACAUAGCACCAAGGGAACCAAGUGAUAUCUGGAGAUCUUUUUGCAUGUUUGGAAAUAACUUUGCGUCCACAUUGUCACAAAGUGAACUCACUGUACUCUCAGUUGAAUGAUUUCAUUCUUGCUGCUGUUGAAUGAGCACAGGGAGACUUUAGAUUUUGGUUUAGUGUGCUUCACCACCAACCCAGGUUUUUUUUUCCUCCACAUGUUUAUUUCUACAACAGUCAAAACACCCACAGUUUUACUUACCUUGCACGUGGUCUUUACAUUUACAAGGAAAUGAAACAGUACUUUGAAUAUGAUGCCUGCUAAACCAGGUGCCUUAAUCAAAUAUUUGAGAACACAAAUCUGCACCUUCUGUCAGUCUGGAGGGGGUUCCCCUACAGAAAUAUGGGACUGGAUUUCCCAAAACCUACACUUGAAGUACAAAAAAAAAAAAAAAAAAAAAGAAAACAUUAUUUUACCCAAAAUCAAUACUUUUGUAAAAUAAUCAGCCUUUACAGCAGAUCUGAGCUAUUUUGUUGUCAUAAACGGAAAGACAAGGAAUUCCCUUUCAAAGCACCGCCGGAGAAAAGCAUAAAUGACAACGAUGUUUUGGGAAACCUGGUUCUGUUUUUAGCUCUUUCUCUGCCCACUAUGCCACGUUAUUGUGUUGUCUGUAUCAGCUGCUACUGCUGCUACCACCGCUGGUGUGUCCAUGUAGAGAAGAGCAAACUUCCACUGUGUCUGAGGCAGAGGUAGACCUGGGCCUGCUUUUUACCUUGGAAAAUUACAAUGCAUUCUUCGUCUUUGGUUCAACAUGGAGCGUCGUGUUGCUGCCUCUUGAGACCUUUUAGAGAAAAACAAAAAGAAAAAAAAAAAACAUACUUUCCAUUUCUUAACUUUGCUAUUAUGAAGUGCCAGGCCCUCCUUGAAGUCAGUGUUGGCACUGAGUUGCAGGUUGCGAAUGAAGCAACAAACUGAGCAUGGAGGUAAACUGUGGUGCUAAUCUGUUCAUAGCUGUGUUCACAGGCUGUAUUAGCCAUAUUAUUCCUUCAGUUGAUGACUCGGGUUGGUCUCGUGUUUCUGACUGCUGCACUGCUGUAUGCUGACAUGGCAAGUUAUAACUCUGCUGCUGCUUUGCUGAUGAAUGUAGACUAGUCUUCCUCAGCAGGUUCAUUCAGACAGGUGUGAGUGUCUGAAGGAGCUUUCCUGUUCUAUUUCCUGUUUUUUGUUUGACACACAGAGGAAGCCUCUUGUCGUCAGGAUCCAGAAUGAUCAUGAAUGUUGUAUCUUUAUUUGGCUGAUGCCCAGCUUGUAUGUUGAACUUUAUUUUAAAUAGUAUUAGGGUUUGAUAUUUAUGCUCUGACUAUGUCGUAUGUUGGUCAUUUGAAACUUUUCCCUGAAUUACAUGUUUUUUUUGCCUUUUACCCUGAUCCCUUGUUCAUACCAUUUCUUUGAUAUUUAUGUUAGUCCUGUCAAAUGUAGAGUUGUUGAAUUAAGAUUUUAUAGCUUACCACUGGUGCAGGCUUCACCAGGAGUAUGAGACUUUUCAUGGGGUUCACACACAUGAAUCAAAGUCAGAAUGAAACAAGAAUGAUUGUCAACUUAUUAAAUGUUAUUCAAAUUAACCAGCUAUUAAUUCAAUAAUACUUACAUAAUAUCUAAUAUAAAGUCAUUAACGAAGAUAUUUUUGUAAUAUCCUGCCACUGCACUCUGAAGAUGCAGAUCCAGCCAUUAAUAAAUGGAUGAAAACUAUUUUGUCCAUGGUAGAUAGGCCUACAAGCAUAUUUGCUAACUUGCUGAGUGUCAGAUAAGAAGCUUGAUAGCACUCUUUUAUUUUAUAGAAGGCUAAAUAUGAAGCCAUAGCCAGUUAUAUUUAUUAAGUCCAUGCAAACAUUUAUUGACUGCGUUAUUAUACUGACUGUUUUUUGGAAAGGGGAUUUUUUUUUUUUUACCUUCUCUGUAUUCGUGUAAGUUAACAAACCUUCAGAUCUUCAGUUUCAUUGUGGCUUUGAGUAAGCUUUGUGAAGCUCAUGAAGAGUUCUGUCAUUGGAGGUUUUUUUACGUGGUUAGAAGGGGCAAUAUUCACCAUUUUACACAUCAGCUAAUAGAUUCUACCGUCGCAUUCAUGUUUGGAAGCUCAAAUGAUUGUUUAAUGUUGUACUACUGGGUUGCAGGUUGUAAGUCCCAUAAACGUGUACUUGUUAUCAUUCCCUUGCUUCACAUUAAUGAGAAAAUGAGAAGGCAAUUUACUCUGGGGCGACAACUGCCCAUAUUACAAAGAAAAAUAAACACAUUUGAUAACCCAUUAGCUAUAGUUAUACAGCAGCUAAAGUUAGCAAGCAGCUAUUCUCAGCUCACAUAAGCCAAGAAGUAAACCCCUAGCUAGCAUUGCGCUAACGCUAUAUCGCCUAUCUAGCAUUGCGUUAGGAGAUAUAGAUUACUUGUUAGCUAACUAAGAACCAAUCUCCUAACAUUACAUUAGCUAAGAGGAAAACUCCUAACAUCAUGUUUACUCAGAGGUAAUUGCAUAAAAAACAUAAUUUUAGAUAGGAAUAUCUAACUUUCCUUUUGUAUCCAGUAACUCUACAAAAAGGUAGUAUUAGCUUUCAGCCAAUUCCUAGCUAACCUUAAGGUCUGCUAGCAAGAACUUUGAUGCUAACAUGGGCUUAGUCCUGACAGAAACUCUAAAAGGUUGUUAGCCAUAUUGUGUUAACUUUAAUUUGCCAGAUUUACCCAGGGAUUGACACGUUUAACUGUCUGUCAGUUGCAGAUUAAUCAAGAAGCUUGAAAUGAUAGCGAUUGGUUUAGAAACCACACAUUUAUGCAACCUACAUCGGAAUACAGUAGUGUGACGUCAUACAUGCAUUUUAGCAUCCCAACCUGAGCUUGACCUCUGAGACAAAUGUCCGCUGUGUGAUUAUGGUCAAUACCGCCUCCAACCAGGCUCAUUGAGUCAGCAAAGAGAACCCUGCCUUGACACAACGUUAUUUGUCCCGACACUGAUUGAUGAUCAGGGUCUCCACAGCCUGGAAGCUGGGGAAAUGAAACACAAAUUGAUCAGUCUUCUCGGAAAACUUCUCUACUGCGCCAGAGAUGUUUUUAUUUUAGAUUUUUGGAUUUUAGAUUUUGUUCGAAGGGCUUUGGUUUGCAGUCUUGUCAGGGAACUCCUGCAAUUUGCCAGGAGCCACUUAAUAAAGGCUGGUGGGCAGAGACCUCUCCCCCCCCCCCCCCCUACAAUGAAGGAUGAUGAGGGGGAUGGGGUUCAUUUCCUCCUCUGCAGACUGAUCUUAUUAAAACAAAUGACAACAACUUACCCUUAAUAAAAAAACAAAACCCCUCUUCCCAUGUCUACACACUCAUCAUCCAACACAGCUGAUUGAUGAUUGACCUCCUUCCAGACUUACCAAAAUGAAUGGAGCAAGAGGAACUUCACAAAAGUUAAUGUUGAUCGCAAAGCAUCUUUUAUGGUUUUUUUUAUUUUUUAUUUUUUUUGAGAAUUCAAACAACAGAAAGUAUGAUUUUAUAGGAAAUCCAUACAAGCCCAAACAUGUAGAGGAUGUGUGAGAUACCGGUCAUCUUUAGCUCCACAGCUACAUGCCACUGUUCUGAUGCUUCUGGUCUUGUAUGGUAACUUCUUUGAUUAGAUCAACAGCAUGGGAUCUCUCUGUAGUUAGUCCUGUGUGUGUCCUUCUCCCCAGUCUCAGUAGGAAGGCUGUUCUAAGUGCUCUAUAAUAGAUCUCUUGGUGAUUCUAAUUUCACAAAGAAGCAAAACCUGCAGAAAGUAAAGUAUCCUGCUGAAACUAACUUGAUCCUCUUUAGCAAUGACAUCUAUAUUUGUAGUUCACAUAUAUGCCUGUUCAAUACAAUAUCUUGACAGUUGCUAUAUUUAUGUUGUGUAAUAAAUGUCGUGCUGGGUUUUUACUUCUGAUUUAACUUACUUUUUUGUUUUGUUUUACAUUGUAUUUUAUUUUCCUGGGAGGCAGAGUGGGUGGCUUUAUGCCCAGGCAAGGAAAUCUAAAUAAUGUUUUGUUUCUUUUUUUGUUGGAUUGUAUGUUUGUACUGUAAGGACACAUUCUGUACAGAGCUUCUGACAGUUUUUGUCUCUGGCUGCUUGACAUCCUGCGGACACCUGCCCUGAAUCUCUGUCGUGUUUCCGUGCCUCUCUCUCAUUUUUAUUUCUUUUCUUAUUUUUUAAAUAUCAUUCUUUCUCUGUUGUAUCAGCCAGGAGUUGGUACCUCAACUCUGUCUGCUUGUAACCACAGUAGUUUGAUUAUGUUUAUUGAUUUUAAUACAAAAAUAAUAAAACCAUUAGCACCCCAAA